AUUAUCUGUUUCGGGGUAGGUUGGUACGGACGCCAAAGCUUGAGAGAAAAGGACUGCAAUUUAAUCGCCCAGUCGAAGAAUCCGCAACUAUUACCGUGUCUCGUCGUUUCACUUACUUCCCCUUUUCAUCACUAAUAUGAUGUUAUCAUGAGGAAUGCACAGAAGGUUUACCUGGGAUUUUUGACAGCCAAGAACUGAAUAUUAUUUCAGCACUUCCCUCCCGGACAAGCACAGUUUUUCGCGUGCAGUUUUUUGGUGAUGCCGUUUGGAUCCUAGGCUAGAAGAAGCCAGAUCCACGUUUGCCCGCCUGCAUGUUGUCAGAAAGGUUAUUGGGUGUGUAAUGUAAUGUAGCCAGGUACCUGAAUAUUGCUAUCUGUGUUCUACUACCUUCUUAUAAUUGGAUUGCACAUCAUAAGUCAAAGAUUUCUUCAUCCUCCGACCUCGGAUACUGUGGACUGGGAGGAAACAUGGGACUGCCUGCUCUGGAGUUUAGUGACUGCUAUCUGGACAGUCCCCAGUUCCGAGACAGAUUGAAGUCUCACGAACUGGAACUGGACAAGACCAAUAAAUUCAUCAAAGAGCUGAUCAAAGAUGGGAAGGCGCUCAUCCAAGCACUGAAAAAUCUGUCCACAGCCAAGAGGAAGUUUGCGGAGUCUCUCAAUGAGUUUAAGUUCCAGUGCAUAGGAGACGCAGAGACGGACGACGAGAUAUGUAUCGCAAAGUCUCUACAGGAGUUUGCUGGAGUUUUGCAGAACCUGGAGGAUGAGAGAACACGGAUGAUUGAGAAUGCCGACGAUGUGCUGAUCAUGCCACUGGAGCGGUUCAGGAAGGAGCAGAUCAGCGCUGCCAAGGAAGCCAAGAAGAAAUACGACAAAGAGACAGAGAAGUACUGUGCUGUACUGGAGAAGCACCUAAGCCUAUCAGCAAAGAAGAAAGAAGCACAUCUUCAUGAAGCCGACAGCCAGGUGGACCACGUGCGGCAGCAUUUCUACGAGGUGUCUCUGGAGUAUGUCUUCAAGGUGCAGGAGGUCCAGGAGAGGAAGAUGUUUGACUUCGUAGAGCCGUUGCUGGCAUUUCUUCAAGGGCUGUUUACUUACUAUCACCAUGGGUACGAGUUGGCCAAAGACUUCAACCACUUCAAGACAGACCUCACUAUCAGCAUUCAGAAUACACGGAACCGUUUUGAAAGCACACGUUCUGAGGUGGAGUGUCUGAUGAGGAAGAUGAAGGAGAACCCCCAUGAGCACAAGAGUAUCAGCCAUGACACCAUGGAGGGAUACCUGUUUGUACAGGAGAAACGCUCUUUCGUGUCAACCUGGGUCAAGCACUACUGCACCUACCAUCGAGAGCCCAAACGAGUCACCAUGGUCCUGUUCGACCAGAAGUCGGGUGGCAAAGUGGGGGAGGAGGAGAGCUUCACUCUGAAGUCCUGCACAAGACGGAAGACGGAUUCUAUAGAGAAGAGGUUCUGUUUCGACGUGGAGGCUGUCGACAGGCCAGGGGUGAUCACCAUGCAAGCUCUAUCGGAGGAAGACCGCAGGCUGUGGAUGGAAGCUAUGGAUGGGAGAGAACCGGUCUAUAACUUAAACAGAGACAGCCAGAGUGAAGGCCUGGCUCAGCUGGAUGUGGUUGGCUUCAACAUUGUGAAGAAGUUCAUCUACGCUGUGGAGACCAGAGGCAUUGACGAGCAGGGCCUGUACAGGAUUGUUGGAGUAAACUCCAGGGUGCAGAAACUCCUGGGUCUUGCCAUGGAUCCUAAAACCUGUGCUGACGUGGAGCUGGACAGUACAGAAUGGGAGAUCAAGACCAUCACCAGCGCAAUCAAGUACUACCUUAGAAUGCUGCCCGCGCCCCUUAUGACUUAUCAGUAUCAAAGGAGCUUCAUCAAGGCAGCCAAACUGGACAAUCAGGAGGCGAGGAUCACAGAGAUCCACAGCAUCAUCCACCGGCUCCCAGAGAAAAACCGCCAGAUGCUGGACCUGCUUACCAAACACUUGGCAAAUGUGGCCAGUCACCACCAGCAGAAUCUGAUGACUGUGGCCAACCUGGGCGUGGUGUUUGGCCCCACUCUGCUGAGGCCCCAGGAGGAGACUGUGGCCGCCAUCAUGGACAUCAAGUUCCAGAACAUUGUGGUAGAGAUCCUCAUCGAGAACCAUGAGAGGAUAUUCAAGGAUAUGCCAGUUCCGGGAGGUGGCCCGGCCAACCUACAGCUCAACCUGCAGCCUCGGAGGAAAAGCGCAGAGAGCAAAGCCCCGUCCUGCAGCGAGAGACCCCUCACCCUCUUCCACACACCCACACACACCCAGAAAGUGGAGAAGAGGAACAGCGUGGUAGUGAACUCUACUCCAGAGCCCCAGCAGCUUCAUCCGGCCCAGGCCAAUGCCCCCCACAACAACCCAUCAGCCACCCGCUCUUCCUCCACAGCAGCGGUCAACCAUAACAGCAGUGGCAGCCACGGCCACGGCUGGACCCAACGCAACAGCCUGACCAGCACUGACGGAGAUCAGGACGGGGGCCUGAUGGCCAGGCAGAACUCACAGAGCCGCCCUAACUCACUGCUGAGCCCAAAGAGCCGCACCAGUAUCCCAAUGAGCCCAGCCUCACCGCGCUCCCCCUCCUGGCCGAUGUUCUCUGCAUCCUCCAGCCCCCAGCCGGCCUCCUCCACCUCCAGUGACUCCUCCCCCAUCAGUGUCCCAGGCAGGAAGGCUAGGGCCCUCUACGCCUGCAAGGCGGAGCACAUCUCUGAGCUCUCGUUCAUCGCAGGGACCAUCUUUGAAAAUGGGAUGAAUCUGAUCCUAGCCAGGCUUCCAGGGUCCAGUGAUCCACUCGUACCUUAUCUUAAUCGUCCCGCAACCACAGCCUUAUUUACACUGACUCACGCCUCUGUCUUAAUUCCCCCCCCCCAAUUGUUCUUAUGAAAACCACAUUCAAAUAAUAUCAAAGCUAGCUGAGGAGGAGAAAUGUGCCUCUCACCAAUUAGAAUGACAUUUACUAUAGACGGAGCUGCAAGCGAGUAGGGUUAUAGAUGAAAAUAGUUAUUUUGAUUUUAUGAAAUGCACUGUGUGAAUGUCAAAACCCAGUGUAGCCUGUCUUCACAGGUCUCUCAGUACCAGAAGGAUUAUAGUGUAUUGUGUCCAGGGUGUUAUGCUUAGGGAACAGCAGAGUUUAGCAGCGUGGGAAUCAGCCACACACCCACCCAGGUUGCUGAGGUGCAGGAAGAAAGAUGAUUGAAUGAGGCCCUGGUCAAAAGUAGUGCACUUUAUAGGGCAGGGGUUGGCAACAGGUGGCCCAUGGGUCAAAACCAGCCCAUGAAAGAUUUUAGUUUUGGGGCAAAAAAUAAAUAAAAAUGAAUUUAAUUUAGUAAAUUUGUUCACCAAGUAUUCCUACAAAUAAAAAUAGAUAUGUGAUCGUGUCUCAAUGUAAUCAAGGUAUGAAAUUGUUAUUUUCAAAUACAAAUUUCAUAUGUUCCGGCCCCCCGACAAAUUGUCCCGCGGCUGAAUCUAGUUGCCUACCCCUGAUAUUAGGAAUAGGGUCCCAUUUGGGGCACACCCUAGGUCCAUAGCUCCUGGGAGGGUUUGCCGAAGCCUUCCUAGCUACAGUUCCUAGCUACCAAAACAAGACCUAGGGGCUCUAUUCAAUCCGUAUCGUGGAAAUUCCACAUUACAGUUGUGAUUGAAAUUUAAAGGCAAUGUUCCCACAUUAGCAGUGACUGCAUUCACGGCAAACGCUGCAGAUGUCGGCUCAAUAGGAAAUGACUUUUACAUUUCUGUAACUCUUCAGCGGUACAUAUUGAAUAGAGCCCUAUGUUAUUCAAGACCUAAUCGAGAGUUUACACAUUCAUUUGUUUGCAAACGUUCUCUUAACUCUGAAUAACCUGUCAUUUAUCAGUCCCUAUAUUUGAUUUGUUCAAAAUGUUUUUGAAAAAAUAUAUAUAGAAAACACAGGCUAAAUGGACUGAGACAUUUACAAUUUGAAUUACCCCUUUAAGUACUUUAAGUUGUCAUUUCAAUGACCCCUUUAUGUAAAUUAUAUCUAUAGCCAGCCCGAUAUGGCUCUUCAGGUUUCACACAUCAUACUAGCUUGGGUUAUUUCAGGAAGAGGAUGGCUUGGGGUCUCAGUGCUGCUUAGGGGUCACAGUUGUACACUGGGGUCUUGUUCAUCCUAUACCGCCUUCACAAAAAGGUACGCAGCGGUGUGUGUUGCCCCAUCUCCCGUUCUUCCCAAAGCCACCAGAGUGCAACCAUCCCAGCUGGUCAGUAGCCACUCACCAUAUGGAUCUCUGCUUUCAAAUGGGGACUAUCUAAAUGUUGAAUAACGCAAGGCAGUUAACUGUUGAGAACAGCUAAGCUAUGUGCAUCUGUGUCUGGUCCCUCAGUUCAUCCCUCGAGGGAGCCUGGCUGGCUGGAAGGCAUCCUAGACGGCAGGAAGGGCCUGAUUCCAGAGAACUACGUGGAGUUUCUGUAGCCCU